GGCGGCGCGCCCUACCGCACGGCCGCCGAGGCGCUCCUGGGCUACCUGGACACGCGGCAGACUGUGGCGCUCAGGGCCUGGGCUUGCAGCACACCAGAGUGCGUCGCGCGCGGCGUCGCAGCAGACGACCCAGCGAAGAUGCCCAACGUACUGCACUGGCCGCGCGUCCUCAUCCUGCACCUCCUGCGCUGGGACAACAAGCCAAUCCGCUCAGCUCGCAGCGGCCACUACGUGGCGUUCGCUUCGCGGGGCGACCGCUGGCACGUGUGCGACGACAAAGCAGUGCGGCCAGCCACAGAGAGCGAGGGGGCGACGUUCGUGCGCGACAGGGUCAAGGGCCACACCUACCUGCUCUUCUACGAGAAGGUGGACUCGCCCGCGGUAUCUGUGGCUGUUGGCCUUGUGCUUGAUGGCGGCGUCAAGCUGCUGGUUCCUAAACAAUCUAUCUUCAUGGCGAUGCAGGGCUCGGAGUGCUUUGAUACCUUCAUGCAUGAUGCGGCGGACCGCGUGGUUGCUGUUAUGAACCGGCAGCUCGAGUCGGCUGAUGACCAUCGCCGUGUGAUCGUCUCCGUGGUUGAUCGCGCCCUGAAGCAGCGCGAUGAUUACAUCAAAUGGCUGAUUGGGCAGAUUCAGAGCAAAGGCGCCACGAUCGAAGCUCAGAAGGCCACGAUCGGGAGCCAGACCGCCACUACCGCGAGCCAGGUCGCCACGAUCGCGAACAUUCGCGAGGGCCAGGCCGCGUACUUCUGGUCCUGCUCGGACAGGUCGCCCAAGCCCUGCAGGUGCUCCCGCACGGCCAACGCUUUGGCGAAGCGGAUGUGUGUCAAGACCUUUGACCAGCGUGGCGAGUGGGUGAACGUGUCCGAAACGUUGGCUGUCAAAGGUUUCAAGGCGGGCGUGACGGUGUACAACAGCCAGGAGGGCGAUGAGUCUGUGCAUGAGAUCAAGGCGAUUGAUGGGCAGAAUGUGAAGAUGCAGACGGGAGACGUAGAGCGCACCAUAGAUGCCGAGGACUUCAUGCGAAACAAGUUCGCAAUAUACGACAUCAAGAAAGAGGUCAUCGACCAGUUCGACAAGUUCAGCCCAUUGAAUUGCAUGGACUACCACUGGGGGACCGAGGAAGCUCGGAUCAAGAUUGCACUCGACGAAGUCGAUUCACAACAUAGUGCUUGCCUCAAGCAUAUCACGGCGAUUCAUUCGCCGAUCGAAUAUACAGCGGUGUCAGUGAAGAAGGAGUUCAAGAAGGACGCCAUCGGACUUGUUCCGUUGACGACAACCAUAUCGCUCAAGAAGGCGACGGAUGAGAUCAAUAUUGGCAACGCUUGCCUUAGGAAGUAUACCGACCCUGCCAAGCAUACCGAUUACAACGUCGCGCUGAUGGCCGCUGGCGGGCUCAAGCUCAAGCGCGAAGAGGGUGGGACUGGCAUUGGUGGUCUGAAGCGCGUGCCAGAUCAGUACGGGGUGCCUUUCUGGUUGGUCGGCGCGUGCACCGCGAAGGAGAAGCCAAACUUGGCUGUGACAUUUGUGACCGCCACGAGCGGCAUUAAGGUUCCCAUCCUCAAAAACACGGUCGAGCUCAAGAGCGGCGACAGGUUGCGCAUGUCCGAGGACACAGCAAAGGCGCUUGCAAGGAAAGUUGCAUUGUCCGACGCCACGCCCGCCAAGCCCGCCAAGGAAAAAGCAAAGACGCAGCGAGCCGCCCAUUCGCCGCAUUGCCGCGGCAUUACGCAGGGCGUUGCAUCGCGCCAGUCUGCGAUAUCGUCGCAACGCACCAUAGCCGUUCUGGCUCAAUCGCUGGGGUAUCACGUGGCCCACGCUGCCCCGCACGUCUACAUGUCAGCGUAUGUUUCCAUGCGCGCGGUGAUCGAGGGCGGCGGGCUCAAGGAGCCGUGGAUGCCGCGGACUAUUGUCCAUAGCGGAGGUAUUGCGUUCAUCGAGGUAUCCCUGGUGGACAGGAGGCUCUUCCAGUUCGUCGACAUCCAGAACCCAACAAACAGGAACGCCCCAUUUGCCCAAAAUCAUUUCUUCAAAGAGUUGAAGGCCCUCCGAAACGCUGCAUCGGACAUUGCGAUAUGGGAGUACAUGAAAUCGCGAGACCCAUUGCUGUCGGACCAGUCUGACCAAGACAAACUGAUCAAGGCCUACAAGAAGAACAUCGACGAGAGUGCUAUGCCAGCAUACGUUACGGUUCAGUUGCCAGAGGUUGAAUUUAAUGGUGGCGGCGUGGCCUUGAAGUGCGAGCCGAUCGCAGAGGCCGCGUCAGACAUGCCCAACUUCGGGGGCUACUGGCAGAAGCAGCUCCACAAACUCCAGGACAUGUGCAGGCAGUACGUGACGGACGAGAAGUACCUGGCGGGGAACGCUCAUCUGCGCCUGAACGAUGCGAGAGACCCCCUCCCAGAGAGCUACUCCCGCGGCCUGCCGAACCUGUACUUCACCAUGGCCCCUGCAGAGUGGAAGGCGCUGCUCCACGAGGGGCUCCUGGGCUGGGGGCAGCGAGCCGACAACCUCUCGGAAGGGCAGGCUGCGCUCACGCUGCACCUCCACCACAUCCUGGGCACCCUGAUCAGAGACGUAAUCCUGAGGAAGGGCGCCCCGACGGACGAGGAGGGCAACUUCAGAGACGCCUACUUCGAGAAGAGGCACGCGUGCGGCAUCGACGAGGUCUUCGACUACUGCUUGCGGUUCGAGUUCCAGAGCAGGGGCACACUCCACGUCCACGUCCUGGCCUGGGUCAAGUACUCCAAAACCAACAUGGACGAGAUGUCGGGCAGGUCCAACCAGGAGGGCCCCAAGUCGGACCUCCUCAAGUGGUUCGAAGAGCUGUCCAGGAGUUCCGUGGACGUCCAGUGCGGCGACGGCCACAACACCGUCUUGCAGUACGUCGCGGGCUACGUGAGCAAGGCCUCGGACGCACUCACGUUCAAGUACGGCGACUACACAGAGCGAGACAGCCCCUGGCGCAUGACUUACAGACUGCUGUGCAAGAGAGCCUCCCUGCUCCCUGAGAUGGCCCUGGAGUUCUCGGACUGCAACCCCAUCGACAACUCCUACCGCCACGACUUCGUCUACGCACCGCUCCCGCGCCACCGAGAGGACGACGAGGGCCCUCGCACCACCGAGCCAGAACCCAGGCGCGGCGAGAGCAGCAAGCGCAGGGCCGCCAAGAACUCCAGCACGAAGCUCUACGAGGCUUACUUGAAGCGCCCAGACCCCACGCCCUUUGACGAGUGGCGCCAG